CAGAGGCCCUAGAAAAGACCCGCGACGUAUUUACGACCAAAACACAUGCCUACCUCCUAGUAAAGGUCCCACUAAUUUCACGAUGAUGAUGGCGGACGACGUCGACGGAGAGGCACCGGUCUCGAUGGUAGUGUGCCGUAGUGUCGUUCCAUCUGACAACUCAGAUUCCAUAUACAGCAUUGCUGUUGAGAACGCCUCGCAGUUUUCGCUGAAUACCGUCACAACAUUUGCUACGCCUAUGACAAGUCGCUCUCAGGUUAAUUUGGCGGACUACGCCCAUGUAAAUCUGUCGACUCGCCGCUUACCUCGUCAUGGUUCCCGACCUUCGUCUAUUACGCAAGCUCCAACUGACCAAGAAUAUCCGUCACUCAAUGCCUAACUUCGAAAUAUUUCCACAUGUGAACCCAUCCUCUCACCAGCUCUCUUGUCCUCGACCCACUUCCACGAUUGCGACACCGCUGUGUCCUAGUUUUGACAGCACGACCUUGACAGUCGUAGCACAACCUCCGCCUCCCAUUGUACAGCUCGAUGGUCCCGAUAUUGCCGUCCCUGGUGGCGUCACUACAUUGAUGACCGCGUAUCCUCGCUUCUGGCCAUUAACACCUGAAUUGGUGGAAAGAUAUGAAAGAGAGCUUGUGGAACCGAAGGAAACAGAAUACUGGAUCGAUCCAUUGACGAUUUCAUUUCAAUCUGACCCUGUUCCUGAUGGGUGGGCAGCGUGUGUGCAUCCUGAGGGUGCUCGUUACUUCAUUCGUGAGAGAAAGAUGGCUCCAUGCAUCGGCAACUAUCAUGACUCCAUGAUGUCCUCUGGUUGUCUUCUCCCGUGCAUAUUCACAGACGCCAACCUCUGCGAUCCGGAUAAGUUUGAACUCAUUACGAAGUUUAUGGCCGAUAUGGAAGACUACAUACGGGCAAAGGGCAUCAACAUAUAUCCCAACGUUGAUCUUGUCUUUGACCUCAUUCGAGAUCCCGACAAUGGUGAUAUCUGUUGUGCCUAUUACCUUGCAAGCCACGAACAUCGUUCGAUCUUUUGGCUGGACGACUUCAAUGCUACCUAUUUCAAUAGAUGGGAUGAAGUCAAAGGUGUAACCGCCACAUCCCAUAUUGGCUAUGAGAUAGAGUCGCAAUACUGGUAUCAUUGCCAACAGUUUCCCACGUGCCGAGAAAUGGACAUAAAUACAAUUAACGAGCUGAGAGAUAUUUUGAUCUAUUGCAUUGGAGAUUCGAUGACUUCGGAUACAGCUAACUCCGCCUACGCCGUUCCGGACCUACAACAAAUGCUUGCCCUCACGAAUGGCGUUAAGGAAACCGUUCUCUCCGGUGACUCUCAAAGUCCAAGCUCGGUGUGCAGUAUUGGUCGUUUCAUGCAUAUUUUUGUCCAACAACGAUUUUACAACUUUCACGGACAGCCUGCCGCCAGGCUUGAGCGCUCUAAGUCUGUUUACGGUACGAAAUCCAAACGAACGCCGCUCAUCAUUUUGCUAUCGCCGCUCUUGUUUUUUGCGCCCGAUAUUCAUCUCGCUUCCCUAAACAAGAUUUGGGUUGACGGAUUAUUGUGCAAAAAAUCCUGGGCUUCUUUCAUUGAGGAAGUCAGUGCUGAAUGGCAUGACUUGAUCAUCAAUUCUACUGUUUUACUCAACGCCAACGUCGCCUUCCUGGCUAUUCAGAGUGUCGAUAACUCUAGUGCUAAGCGGGGACGGUCCCCGGCGCAGAUAUCAAGUUACAUAUCAAUAAUCGCAAGUAUUGGCAGUAUCAUCUUGGGCUUGCUCCUGAUUCGGAAGAAUCGCUCGAAAGCGGGUGAUUCAUCCACUGAAGCAUGGCAAUUCCUUCAUUCGCAAAAUCGAAAUUACAUUGGUCUGGAGACACUGGCUAUUAUGUACAGUUUACCUUAUGCUCUACUCAUGUGGGCCAUGGUCACCUUCCUAUCGGCGUUCAGUCUUAUGUGUUUCACUGCGUCCGACAUAGCCGUCCGAAUGCUUGUGGGUACUGCGUGGUUAGCAAUAGCCACUCUUAUUCUCUGGUGCAUCAUGACUUCGUGGAAGGGAAAGCAAAGCGACGACCGUUGGUACAUGUUGCUCUCCGCUUUUGGAUACAAGGUUUGGCAAAGAUUACCCCGGCCACCAUCUGUUCGUGUUGUGGGAAAAAUCAAUAACAUCAGUUGGACAAGAAGGAAACAUUCUGUGGAUUCGGAAGAGACGGUUGUCGUUGUAUGAUUGAGAGGUAAUUGUGUAUCAUAUAAAAGCAAUAAUGCUUUCCGUGAGUAUCUAUAUCGGGUAGCUGUAUGUUGUGAUAAUCUGUAUGCCUGGACGCGACGUGUGUACAUCCACCAAGAAACUUGGAAGGGCGACGAAA